AGGGGGUGUCACGCCAGCACUGAAAGUAGGCAGAGCCCAGCUCUCCGAGGAAGCUGUAGGGCAGUGAGGCUGGAAGCCCCCGAUCGACGGCUCGGGGCGUGUUUUUCUCAUGUGGGUGUUCCCGGGGAGGACGUGGGCGGCGACGCGGCUGCGACUCAGGCUCCGGCUGUCCGUGGGAAACGAGUUCAGAGGGAUCCGCCGAGUCACCUGGACGCACACGAAGCGGCGACAGCACCAUGAAGAGACCCUGUGAGGAGACCAGCUCCGACAGUGACAUGGAUGAAACCAUUGAUGUGGGCAGUGAGAACAAUUAUUCAGGCGGUUCAGUUAUUCGAUCAAAUUCUCCGACAACAACCUCCCAAGUCAUGGCACGAAAAAAACGACGAGGGAUAAUCGAAAAAAGACGGAGAGAUCGAAUUAAUAAUAGUUUAUCGGAACUCCGGAGACUAGUUCCAACCGCAUUUGAAAAGCAGGGAUCGGCUAAACUAGAAAAAGCAGAAAUAUUGCAGAUGACAGUUGAUCACCUGAAGAUGCUGCAGGCCACCGGAGGUAAAGGCUACUUCGAUGUCCACGCCCUCGCAAUGGACUUCAUGAGCAUCGGGUUCAGGGAGUGUCUGACAGAAGUGGCCCGGUACCUCAGCUCUGUGGAGGGCUUGGACACGAGCGACCCGCUGCGCAUGCGUCUGGUUUCCCACCUCAGCACUUGCGCCACCCAGAGGGAGGCUGCCGCCAUGACGUCCUCCAUGGCGCACCACCCGCACGCGCUACACCCACACCAGUGGGCGGCCGCCUUCCAUCCCCUACAGCAGGCCUUCCUCCAGCAAACUGGACUCCCAACUGCCGAGGGCACGGCCGGCCGGCUCGCCGACGUCCCCACGCGUGGCUCGGCGCUCCUGGCGGCCGCCUUCUCCCCCGCGGACUCAGCCCUCAGGGCGCCAUCUGCUGGCAGUGUGGCGCCCUGCAUGCCCCCGCUCUCCACCUCCCUCCUGUCCCUAUCGGCCACCGUGCAGGCCGCUGCUGCCGCCGCCGCUGCCGCCCAGACCUUCCCGCUCUCGUUCCCUGGAGGAUUUCCCAUCUUCAGCCCCAGCAUGACGGCUAUGUCCGCCGCCUCUUCGGACGCUAGUCCCUCUCCGUCGACCCCGUCGGAAUCCCAGCCAGGUGCCGGGGGCAGCAGCGGUAGUAGAAGCAGCAGCAGUAGCAGCAGUAACAGCAGCAAACCCUACCGGCCUUGGGGGACGGAAGUGGGGGCGUUUUAACCCUUGGCUUUGUGGACGUCUUGUGUGGCUGGAAGUCGUUCCACACUCUCGGACUGAAACAUCACCUCACUCCAUUGGAUAUGUCUCACCCUGUCCGUGAACUUUUGACACCUGUUUUGUCUUCCGCCUGGUUGUAGUACGUGAGGCACGGAAAAAGUACAGACAUUAUUUCACCCAAUGUGAACCUAACAAACAACACUAACCCUUAAGUCUGACUGAAUUUUACUUUUUUUUUUAAGUCUGGUGAAUGGAAGCCGGUGGAUCUUUUUGAUUUAUUUGUCAACUUCUUACUCUUUUCAUCAUUUUCUCCAAGCUGUUAGGAGUAGAUGUCUGGUCCACUCUCUUCUCGUCCAUUAGGAUCUUACAGUACAAACGUGAACAUUUAUGAUUCUGUUUCAGUUGGUCGGCUGUAUGUGGCAUCAAACAGCUGAGGUAGCCAUGACACCUAGAAUUUUUCUCCAAUAAUCCAAAGUCUUCGAUUUUUAUGGGCCUAUAUCGCAGUUAGGAAAAUAUCGAUGAUAUCCAUUCGAGAACAGGACUGUAGCCCAAGGCACAGAGAUUUCUGAUUUGCUCUUAGCUGUAACAAAUAGAACUAUGACCAUUGUAAUCAGCAGGAUAUUGCCUCAAUGUAGUCUGGGGCCGGGCCACACACACUCGCUUACUCACAUACACAAUAGACAAUACAAGUGGUUUUGAGUUUUCAGUGAAUCAGAAAAGAAAGCCGUGAAAUGAAACCAAAGGUCAGUGAGAUAAUCAGACAAAGUGAAAAAUAUGGUGUGUUUUAAUCUAUGAACUAAUUAAAAAGCCUGUAAAUAAUUAUAUGUUUGAAAUCGUAAAGUAGGAGUUUUAUCAGAGAUUUUAAAGUUUAGGAUAAUGCACUUCACUCCUCGGCUUUGUGAAGAAGGAUUCAAACCCUCCAGGAGAGAAUGUACAUGAACCACGCAGGAAAAAUAAAAACAAACACUAAGGAUAGUAUUACCUAUAUAAUAACUCAGCUGUAAUGUGUUUCACUUUAUUAUUUUUUUUUUAACUUCCCACGUUGUGUUGUAAACUGUAAAACAUUUCUAUGCAAACAGAAGCGCUGAAGGUGUCACUUAUUAAAAACAAACACUUCUCUCUUUUUUCGGGAACAUGUUGACAUUCUUGGCAUCCGUGCUCGUGCUUGCAAAGCCCAGCAAUCCAGCCACCACAUCUGCUCGUGGCACGAUAUUCCUGGUGAGAGCCGGUAUAUGGUAUGCCGGGAGGAAUGUUGUGGGGAAUAUCGACAGACGAGUGCCACGAAGAAUGCACGCAGCCUUUUUCCAUUGAUGAAAAACAAACUCCCCCCAGAGUGCCAUUUAGGCGAUGGAGAGCAAACAAACAAACAAGCCACAUUUGUGGUAUUUAUGUAUUACAAAGAUAUCGGGACUCCUUUGACUCUUCCUACCACAGACUGCGGUUAAAGCCCAUUAAUCUGACGUCCCAACGCAAACAAAGCACCAUCGUAUUGGUCUUUGGGGUGAAUGUCUCUUAAAUUGCUGUAAUUAACAUCGGUAUGAAGGGAUUCAAAUUAUAAGUAACAAAGACCGAGUGAUACUUGUUGCGUUGACAGUCAAGCUUAAAAACAAGACAAUUAGAGGAGACGAGGCACAAAACAAAUGAUCAACUAUCAUUUUCAUUUUAAAAUUGUAUAGUUUGUAUUAGUGCCGAGUUAAAAACAAUGCAGUAAGAUACAACAAAAGUACUUAAAAUUAAAUUGGAUGGUGUUUUAACAAUGUAACAACACAGGCUGAUUCUGGAAAUAGUACUGCUUGAUUUACGCUAAUAUUUUAAUAUCGUGAUUUUUAAGACAUGUUUCUUGCUGUAUAUUAUCCCGCAUUCGAAAGAGUACCAAUUGUUGAGCGUUUAUUCUAAGCAAAAAAAACAGCAAAAAAAGACUAUUUCCGAACUAUAGUUUUAGGAUAACAGCACGCAUUUCUGUUCAAGCAGCCCCAAAAUGCGCCCAAAGGCGCUGGCUUGCCUAAAACAUACUGAAGGUUUCACGAAGCAGGCAAACACAUGAAAGCAAAACAACUCCGGUCACUCCUCACAAGAUGGGUCUUUAUGCGAGGCUAAUCCACUCUCUUUAUCCCGAGGUCUGUUAGAAAGAUUUACAUUAGUAAAUCACUGUCACACCAUUAAAUUCCUUAAGAGAAAAGUAUCAGCAUUUCCAAGUGAAUGGGGAUUACGACAAACAGCGCCUGCUGUCCACCGACAACCAUGGGAACAGCGCUCGGCUAUAAAUCCGCGGGUUAUCUGCCCGGCUCCGGCUGGUUCUCACGCCGGGGUCCGCUCUUUGAAGUGGCCGCCAUAAAACAGCUACGCAUGGUCGCUGGGCACAGAAACAUCAAAUACGCGGCGUGCAUGGCGUGGAAAUAGACACGACGAACGCAAAUAAUCACCUUAUUAUGAACAAGGAAGCAUUAAUUAACCCAAUAAUAAUAAAGGUGAAACCCAAACGUAAAAGAGUUCUCUGAUCAUGAAGUUCAAAGGGAUUACGUGAUUCGGUUGCUGAAAUUUUUCUGACUACUGUUCACAACGACUAUUGCGUGGAAAAAGCAUAAUAAAACAUUCGAAUAAUUAGGGCUAACUAGCGAAUUGUGUGAAUGACACAGAACAAAUGUAUUAACUUAAAUGGUAACUUCAAAUUUGAAUGCUUAUUUCACGUUUACAAGAAAUGUAUAAUUUUUUAAUGGUUACAUGGCUUGUUACAACAAAUACUGAUAAAAAGUGUAUAUUCCCCUUUUAUGUUACUUUCUGGCCAAUCUUAAUAUCUUAAUAAGCUAAUAGCAUAUUAAUAACACAGUGCUUUGUAAACAUCAAUCACCGUUAUACCCAUAGUUUUUGUUGUCUUCGUUUUUAUUUACGUUUUUAAUAAAUAAACCUUAACUGUG